CUAUCUUUAAAACGCAAUUGUUGGAAACGUUGAUUGAUCUCAUAGAUAAAUUUCUGCCAAGUUUUUGAGUAUUUUUUAGGAUUAACUAGUUGCCCUAAGUAUAUAUUCAAUGUUGCGGACUCUGACUAUUAACCUUAUAAAAUGCCGGCGCCCUAUUAUUGCUGAUUCAUUUGUUAGUAUACAGAGUAGAAGUACGUCGACUCGAGUCCCUAAAGCAACUCAGUCGACAAAAGUAGUUAUGGCCAUGGCUGAAGACAAAUCAAACUUUCUGUUGCCCAACAACCAGAAAUUUGUUGAACUAGAUAGUUCUCAAGCAUUUAAUAAAUUGACGGACAAGGAAAAACUUUAUGCUCAUUACUUGAGUAAGGCUGCUUGGAAUGGAGGGCUCAUAGUCUUAAUGCAGACAAGUCCGGAGUCUCCGAAGAUAUUCUCAUUGCUGCACAGGAUCUUUGUGGGAGAAUCACUCCAGUCUUUACGACAGUCUGCCAGCCAAGAGGGUAUAAGUAAUGAUGUUUUUCAGGCAUUUUUAGUUUACGCUGGCGGUAUAUUCGCCAACAGCGGCAACUACAAAGGUUUUGGUGAUACCAAAUUCAUUCCGAAUUUACCUAAAAGUUGUUUUGAGUUGAUCGUAACUUCGUCGAAAGCUUUCGAAGAUGACCCUCAACAUAUGAUGAAGCUUUGGCAACAGACGGAGAAUUUUAUUUAUAGUACUGCCCCAAGACUAACCAGUCUCGGCCUCUCUGAUAAGGGUGUGACCACAUACUUCUCAUGCAACUGCACUGAAGAAGAUUCAAACCUGGUUAAUGAUUGGAUGAAGACAAAGUGUUUCGAAGCGUACAUCUGUCGUACUUUCAAAACCACUGCUGAUGAUGGCCUACCAUUGUACACCAUUCAUCUGGCGAGUGUGGAGACAUCCCCUAAACCGCCGCUCACUAUGGAACCAGAGAAAUACAAGGGAGCCUACUUCCAAGUCACUCGCGGUGAUUACUCGCCCCUCCUGAAAAGAGUGAAUGAAAAUUUGGUGAUGGCAAGGGAAUACGCAGCCAAUGACAACGAGAAAAACAUGCUCGAACAUUACAUCAAGAGCUUCAAAGAAGGAGACUUGGCAGAACACAAAGAAGGCAGUCGAUUCUGGAUUAAAGAUAAGGGACCAAUAAUUGAAACGUACCAAGGAUUCAUCGAGACUUACCGAGACCCAAGUGGUCAGCGCGGUGAGUUCGAAGGGUUCGUAGCUAUGGUGAACAAAGAAAUGUCCAAGAAGUUUGGCGACCUCGUCGAUGGAGCCGAGAGGUUCAUCAAGAUGCUGCCGUGGGGCAAGGACCUGGAGAAGGACACCUUCCUCCGUCCGGACUUCACGAGCUUGGACGUUCUAACGUUCUCCGGAAGCGGCAUUCCUGCUGGAAUCAACAUUCCUAACUACGACGAAAUCCGUCAAAACGAAGGCUUCAAGAACGUGUCAUUGGGUAACGUGAUCCCGGCUGCGUACAAAGAGGCUGUCAUUCCAUUCCUCGCAGACGCUGACAAGGAGCUGCUGGAGAAAUACAGGGUUGCUGCCUUUGAGGUGCAAGUUGGUCUACAUGAGCUUCUGGGCCACGGUAGCGGUAAGCUGCUUAAACAGAACCCCGACGGCACUUUCAACUUUGAUAAGGAUACCGUCAAAAACCCUCUCACUGGCAAAGAGAUCGAGUUAUGGUACACUCCUGGAGAGACGUACGACAGUAAGUUCACAACCCUCGGCUCCGCCUUUGAGGAGUGUCGCGCUGAGGCCGUAGGACUCUACCUAUCAUUAAUACCUGAAGUCUUGAAGAUCUUCGGUUACGAGGGCCAGGUAGCGCAGGACGUCAUCUACGUCAACUGGCUCAGCUUGCUGUGGAACGGCGCCGCUAAAGCAACCGAGAUGUACCAGCCCUCUACCAAGACUUGGUUGCAGGCGCACGCCCGCGCCCGCUUCGUGCUGAUGCGGCUGCUGGAGCUGGAGGGACAGGGCAUGCUCACCAUCACCGAGACCGAGCCCGGCAAGAACCUGCGCCUCACGCUGCAGCGGGAACACCUCGCCACCAGGGGCAAGAAGAUUAUUGGUGACUUCCUAGUUCAACUGCAAACGAUCAAGGCAACGGGAGACAUUGCUGCGGGAGAGAAACUAUUCGACAAGUACAGUCGGCUUGACGAGCCGUGGAACCGCUGGCGCGAUAUCGUUAUGUUGCACAAGCAGCCGCGUAACAUCUUCGUGCAACCCAAUACCAUCCUUAUUAACAGCAACAAAGGUGAGGAGGUUGACUUGAAGCGCUACCCAGCCACCGCGGAAGGCAUGAUCACCUCCUGGGUGGAGCGCUUCCCCAACACGGAUGUGGACGAGCUUCUAGAACAGCUGGCUGAGAAAGACAGCUCCUACUUCCUCGAACUCAAAGCCAUUGCCAACGCAUAAAUAAUGUAUAAAAAAAUAUUGUUAAUUUUAUGAUACUAAUUCAAAAUGUACAUGUACUGGUACUAAUUUAAACAUCAACGUAAUAUCAUAAUAAACUACAUUAAAUAAUA